AUGUCUGCCAGACAAUCCAUCAGAAUCCUUAGAUCCACCGCUGCCGCUAGAUCCGUCAUCAGAUCUGCUGCUUCCAAGAGAGCUUUCACCGCUCUUGCCGUUGCCGCUACUAGACCUGCUGUCGCUGCCUCUACUGCUGCCCCCAUCAGACCUAUUGUCCAGCAGCGUGGCCUUAAGUCCAUCAACUUUGGCGGCACUGAGGAGGUUGUCCACGAGCGUGGUGACUGGCCCCGUGAGAAGCUCCUUGAUUACUUCAAGAAUGAUACUCUUGCCCUCAUUGGCUACGGUUCCCAAGGUUACGGCCAAGGUCUUAACCUCCGUGACAAUGGCAUCAAUGUUAUUAUUGGUGUCCGUAAGGAUGGUGCUUCUUGGAAGGCCGCCAUUGAGGACGGCUGGGUCCCUGGCAAGAACCUUUUCGAUGUUGAUACUGCCAUUCAAAAGGGUACCAUUGUCAUGAACCUUCUCUCUGAUGCUGCCCAGUCUGAGACUUGGCCUCACAUUAAGCCCUUGCUUACCAAGGGUAAGACCCUUUACUUUUCCCACGGUUUCUCUCCUGUUUUCAAGGAUCUGACCAAGGUUGAGACCCCCAAGGACAUUGAUGUCAUUCUUGUUGCUCCUAAGGGCUCUGGCCGAACUGUCAGAUCUCUUUUCAAGGAGGGCCGUGGUAUCAACUCUUCUUAUGCUGUUUGGCAGGAUGUUACUGGCAAGGCUGAGGAGAAGGCUAUUGCCCUUGCUGUUGCCGUUGGCUCUGGUUACAUUUACAAGACCACUUUUGAGAAGGAGGUUAGAUCUGAUCUUUACGGUGAGCGUGGCUGCCUUAUGGGUGGUAUCCACGGUAUGUUCCUUGCUCAGUACGAGGUUCUCCGUGAGCGUGGCCACUCUCCCUCUGAGGCUUUCAAUGAGACUGUUGAGGAGGCUACCCAGUCUCUUUACCCCCUCAUUGGCAAGUACGGUAUGGACUACAUGUACGAUGCUUGCUCCACCACUGCCCGCCGUGGUGCUCUUGACUGGUCUCCCAAGUUUAAGGAUGCUCUUAAGCCUGUCUUUAAUGAGCUUUACGACCGUGUUGUUGAUGGCUCUGAGACCAAGCGUUCUCUUGAGUUUAACUCCCAGCCCGAUUACCGUGACAAGUUUGAGAAGGAGCUCCAGGAGAUUAGAGAGCUUGAGAUCUGGAGAGUCGGAAAGGAGGUUCGCAAGCUUAGACCUGAGAACAACUAA